AUAGUCUUAUCCCACAGCAGAGCUUAACAUCAGGGGAAGACAGACAGACAGAGGAAACCUUUACAGAGAAUCACAAACAGACAUAAUCUACAUUUCACACAUUUUCUUCUUCUGUUCUCUGGAAGACAUCUUCACUCAUGGUUAGUCCAGACACCUCCGUUCAGCUCAGGUUAUCAGUGACCUAUCAUGGGGUCUACCAUGGACAUUGCCAAAGAUCCUCUUCUCUGUUCUGUUCUCUACGUCUGCUACCAGGUGACUCAGGGCCAGAUGGUGAUGGACUGCUGUCUGGAGGUCAAUAAAAAAGAGAUCCCACCACGCAUUGUCACGGGUUACCAGCCUCAGGUUAGGGGUCAAGGCUGCUCCAUUGACGCCAUGGUCUUCCUCACCAAAAAGGGACGUAAACUGUGUGCCGCUACUGGCCCUGCCUGGGUUACUAACCUGAUGAAACACAUGGACAAGCUGAUCAAGAUGUGCCACAACACCAACUUCAAGGGUAAACACUGUAAGAAGAUGAAGCCCAAGCAUUCCUAAAGUCCUAAUUGGACCCCCUCCUUCCACCCUCACCACCACCUCCACCACCUCCACCCCCCUUCUCCUGGUCCAUAGAACAAUGAAAGGACAUUCCAAGUGUGGAGGGGGGGGUGACAAUAAAUAAUGAAUGGAAAAAUGUGAUUCUUCUUACCACUAGUGCACUUUUUCAGUUUCCUUCCAUCUUCAGUUUUUAUCCAGCAUGCUAUGUUGUUUCCUUCCGUCUUCAGUUUUUACUUAUUGAGACCAUGUUGUUUCUUCUGUCAGUUUUUACCCAGCAUGCCAUGUUGUUUCUUCUGUCAGUUUUUACCCAGUAGACCAUGUUGUUUCCGUCUGUCUUCAGUUUUUACCCAGUAGACCAUGUUGUUUCCUUCUGUCAGUUUUUACCCAGUAGACCAUGUUUCUUCUGUCAGUUUUUACCCAGUAGACCAUGUUUCUUCUGUCAGUUUUUACCCAGUAGACCAUGUUGUUUCCUUCUGUC